AUGAAAAACGGAAAUCACAGUCUCGUCAAAGCAUAGUUUGUCGUUCUCCCCACGGCUUUGUCAUCGCCAAGGAAACCUUCCCCAAUCCUUCGCCCAAACCCGAACCCUAAGUUCGCCUGCCAAUCGUGUGAUUCCUAAUUGACGCGAAAUCGGUUCUUAACUUUGGUCUGCCUGUGAUUGGAGCAACCUAGUGCGGGAAUUCGGUCGAGAUCAGCUAAGGAAGGGAUGGCUGUGUUGCUUGAGGACAUAGUUAAGUCUGUGGAGCUAUGGCUGAAAUUCCUGAAGAAAGAACCCCAAUCCUUCGUCGAUCCGACUCUCGACCCGGUCCUCCUGGUGCCGGGCGUAGCUGGUAGUAUUCUGCACGCGGUUGAUAAGGAUGACGCCGGAAAGGUGGAGCGGGUUUGGGUUCGAAUCCUCGCUGCUGAUCAUGAGUUAUGUGCCAAGCUCUGGUCUCGCUACGAUCCCUCUACUGGUGAAACUGUAUCUUUAAAUCAAAAAGUAAACAUUGUGGUUCCUGAAGACAGAUAUGGAUUGUAUGCAAUUGAUGUCCUGGAUCCUGACCUGGUACAUCUUAUCAUAGGACGUGAAUGUGUCUAUUAUUUUCAUGACAUGAUCACUGAGAUGCUGAAAUGGGGCUUUCAAGAGGGGAAAACUCUGUUUGGUUUUGGGUAUGAUUUCCGACAAAGCAACAGGUUACCUGACACAAUGGACCGUUUUGCUAAGAAGUUAGAGUCUGUGUACAAUGCUUCAGGAGGGAAGAAGAUAAAUGUUAUAAGUCACUCCAUGGGUGGCAUUUUGGUUAAAUGUUUUAUGUCCCUGCACAGUGAUGUGUUUGAGAAAUAUGUGAAGAACUGGAUUGCAAUUGCUUCACCAUUCCAAGGUGCUCCAGGGUAUGUCAUGUCAACCUUUCUGAAUGGGAUGUCGUUUGUCGAAGGGUGGCAGCAGAACUUUUUCAUAUCGAAGUGGAGCAUGCACCAGAUGCUCAUUGAAUGUCCAUCUAUUUACGAGUUGAUGGCCCAUCCAACUUUUGAUUGGGAACACAUUCCUUUUCUGGAGUUCUGGAGAAACAAACAAGAUAGUAAUGGGAAGUCUCAAAUAAUGCUCGAGAAAUACACCCCUAGAGAGACGAUAGGAAUUUAUAAAGGGGCUCUUUCGAGUAACAAGGUUAGCUAUGGUGGUACAGAUUUGCCAUUGCCUUUCAAUGAGGACAUCAUGGAAUGGGCUGGAGAAACAUUCAAAAUUCUGUCACGGGCGAAGGUUCCAUCUAAAGUUAAAUUCUAUAAUAUAUAUGGGACGAGCCUGGCGACACCUCAUAGUGUUUGGUAAUGCUCAUCCCUCCCUGUUGAUUUGAUAAUUCACGUGUGAGUUUUUUAUAUUAAUUAUUAUCGCAAUGUCAUAUGACAUUGUUAAUUACUUAAAAUUGCUAUUCAGCUAUGGGGAUGAGAAGACGCCUGUCAGUGAUCUGGGAGACCUGCGAUAUUACCAGCCUAAAUAUGUAUGCGUGGAUGGAGAUGGGACAGUUCCUGUUGAGUCCGCUAAGGCGGAUGGUCUGAAUGCAGAAGCAAGGGUUGCAAUACCUGGUGAGCACAGGGGGAUUCUUUGUGAGCAUCAUUUGUUUAGGGUGGUGAGGCACUGGAUAAAGGCAGGUGCACCUGAUCCUUUCUACAACCCAAUUAACGACUAUGUUAUCCUACCCACUGCAUUUGAGAUGGAUAUGCGUAAAGAGAAGGGUUUGCAGUUCACCUCCCUGAAAGAGGAAUGGGAAAUAGUAGCCUCAGGGUGUGAGCAUGAAGAAGAUGCGGCAGGUGAUGAGCCAAAAGAACCUCUAGUCAGUUCAAUUACUGUGUCCCGUCCAGGAGAUGAUCAAUCUUCAGCAGCUGAAGCUUGUGCAACCCUAGUUGUUCAUCCACAGAGCGAGGGCAAGCAACUUGUGGAGCUCAAUGCUUUGAGUGUAUCUGUUGAUGCCUAGAAUUGUUGUGAAGAGAAAAAUUCAUGGCUAUGUGUGUAUAUAUAUCUAGUGAUGUACCAACUAUCAUGGAAGGUGAAGACCUGUUUCUGUGCAGAAUGUAAAUAGCAGCGUCGGAUGACAAUCAACGCAAGGAAGAAUGUGACCUGUGGCUUUCCUACUGCCUGUAAAUCGGAAUGGUCUAAUGUUGAAUCAACCAUGUUGCAUAUCUGCAUUAUGUGAUUCAUUAUGCGUUCUAAAUUCAGCU